AUGGAAGAGAAGUGGCUGCUGUGUGUGUUGCUAGUCCUUGGAACUGCUGUCAUUCAGGCUCAUGAGGGUCAUGAUGAUGAUGUGAUUGAUAUUGAGGAUGACCUGGAUGAUGUCAUUGAAGAGGUAGAAGACUCAAAAUCGAAAUCAGAAAUCAGCACUCCUCCAUCUCCAAAGGUUACCUACAAAGCUCCAGUUCCAACGGGGGAAGUGUACUUUGCUGAUUCCUUUGACAGAGGAACUCUGUCUGGGUGGAUUUUAUCCAAAGCCAAAAAAGAUGACACUGAUGAUGAAAUUGCCAAAUAUGAUGGAAAAUGGGAGGUAGAUGAAAUGAAGGAAACAAAACUUCCAGGGGACAAAGGACUUGUAUUGAUGUCUCGGGCCAAGCAUCAUGCCAUCUCUGCUAAACUGAACAAGCCCUUCGUGUUUGAUACCAAGCCUCUCAUUGUUCAGUAUGAGGUUAAUUUCCAAAAUGGAAUAGAAUGUGGUGGUGCCUAUGUGAAGCUGCUUUCCAAAACCCCGGAACUAAACUUGGACCAGUUCCAUGACAAGACCCCUUAUACAAUCAUGUUUGGUCCAGAUAAAUGUGGAGAGGACUAUAAAUUGCACUUCAUCUUCCGCCACAAAAAUCCCAAAACGGGCGAAUACGAAGAAAAGCAUGCUAAGAGACCAGAUGCCGAUCUGAAGACCUAUUUUACUGAUAAGAAAACACAUCUUUAUACAUUAAUCUUGAAUCCAGAUAAUAGUUUUGAAAUAUUAGUGGACCAAUCUCUUGUGAACAGUGGAAAUCUACUAAAUGACAUGACUCCUCCUGUAAAUCCUUCACGGGAAAUUGAGGACCCGGAAGACCGGAAACCUGAGGAUUGGGAUGAAAGACCAAAAAUACCAGAUCCUGAUGCUGUCAAACCAGAUGACUGGGAUGAAGAUGCCCCUGCUAAAAUUCCUGAUGAAGAAGCCACAAAGCCUGAAGGCUGGUUAGAUGAUGAGCCCGAAUAUGUAGCUGAUCCAGAUGCGGAAAAGCCAGACGAUUGGGAUGAAGAUAUGGAUGGAGAAUGGGAGGCUCCUCAGAUUGCCAACCCUAAGUGUGAGUCGGCCCCUGGGUGUGGUGUUUGGCAGCGACCUAUGAUUGACAACCCUAACUAUAAGGGCAAAUGGAAGCCCCCCAUGAUUGACAACCCUAACUACCAGGGAAUCUGGAAACCCCAGAAAAUACCAAAUCCAGAUUUCUUUGAAGAUCUGGAACCUUUCAAAAUGACUCCUUUUAGUGCUAUUGGUUUGGAACUGUGGUCUAUGACCUCCGACAUUUUUUUUGACAACUUUAUCAUUUGUGGCGAUCGAAGAGUAGUUGAUGAUUGGGCCAGUGAUGGAUGGGGUCUGAAGAAAGCUGCUGACGGGGCUGCUGAGCCAGGUGUAGUGGGGCAGAUGCUGGAGGCAGCUGAAGAGCGUCCGUGGCUCUGGGUGGUCUAUGUUUUGACUGUAGCACUGCCUGUGUUCCUUGUAAUCCUCUUCUGCUGUUCUGGAAAGAAACAGUCCAGUCCUGUGGAGUACAAGAAGACUGAUGCUCCUCAGCCAGAUGUGAAGGAAGAAGAGAAGGAAGAAGAAAGGGACAAGGGAGAUGAGGAGGAAGAUGGUGAAGAGAAACUUGAAGAGAAGCAAAAAAGUGAUGCUGAAGAAGAUGGUGACGCUAUCAGUCAAGAGGGUGAAGAUAGGAAAUCCAAAGCAGAGGAGGAUGAAAUUUUGGACAGAUCACCAAGAAACAGAAAGCCAAGAAGAGAGUAA